UCGCGUUAUUUAAUUGAAAAUGGCAAACAAGAUGGAUAAAUUACAAAAACAAGCCAUCAAGGAGCAGCAGAAACGUAUCCGACCCGGCGAGUGCCUGAAAUAUGUGCGUCUCGUGUUGGACACCGGCCUGCAACAGCAUUCCCUGGGCCAGGAAUUAAUUGCACUGCUGAAUAGCACAGAUUUAAAAUAUGAAAUACGCAGUUUGCCGGCAAGGAAUUGUAUUCUCUGGGAACGUAAUGUGGGCCAGCAGACCUUUGUGGCGGGCUCAGCUGCUUUGGACGAUGCCUGGCAAAUGGAGCCACAAGUUCUGAAAAUCUUUAGUAAGCGGGAAUUUCAGGAACAACAACUGGGCUGCCUUGGAGUCCAACUCCAUGAAGCCUUCACCAUAUCCAACAGUAAGUUCACAGUGAUUGUGCCGCGACUGCGUGGUAACGAGGCAAAUGCAUUGAUUGAGCUGCAGUUGCUGCAACAGCUGCAAGUGGAGCAACUGCCUCCGCCCCAUGCCCAGGAGCUGUUGGGGCUGCUUCAGCGCUACACUAAAGCGAUUGCUGAGACGCCCUUCAAGCGGCAGCGUCAGGUGAUACUCGGCAGCUUCAAAAAGUAUCUGGCCAACGACAACAAACAAUGUGUGCGCGUGGAGCAAGGACAUGGCUUUGGUCGCCUCUGGCAGCAGCAUCUAAAUAGAUUGCCACUCGUCACGCUGGAAGUAGCUGAAUCUAUCAUAGCCCAGUACCCGUGUCCUAAGCGACUGCUGGAGCACUUUCAUAACGAUCCUAAAGAUGCAAUCCAGCUGCUGGCGGACAUCAAGAUCAAGCGAAGCAAUGGACCUCAGCCAUUGCAGUCGGAGAGGCGGAUUGGCAAUGUGCUCAGCACCAAGCUGCACACUUUGUACAACACCAGGGAUCCGAACACUUUAAUAUAGUCUUCAUCCUCGAAUUCAAAGCAAGAUUAAUCUGAUACUCAAUGAAAAUGAGCAGCAUUUGCAGCUCUACCAAAAGUUAGGAAUAGGAGAGCAUGUAUACAUCUAAAGUUUACUAAG